AUGGAUUUCACCACUCCUUCCAAAUGGACCUGCAAAGGAGAUGUCGAUGUGGCUGCAGGUUUCAUGCUCUCUAAUGGACUAAAAGGACAUUCCGAGAUAACGUUUGACUAUGAGUUUGCAGUUGGGGGAAUGCCUGUCAUUGAAAGUAGCAGUGUUAUUGGAGAUGGAGUCGUAGAGGUUGACAUAAUAUUCAGCGAAACCUAUGCUGGAAUACAGUGUGAGACUGGAGACGGCCCUUUCUUCUUAUUUUCCAAUGCCAUGGACACAUACCGAGUACACGAGCAAGCCUUCGAGCCAUCAGAGACAGGGACUUUAGUUCAGUUACCUUUCGCGCAACGAUCCCAGAGAUACCAGACAGAGAGUGAUUCUCAAAACACCGAACUCUUCCCUUUGCAUAUCAUCAAUUGGCUUCAAGCCAAUGCGAGCCCCAAACCCUACCAUCAACUCAUUCUCCUGUUCAAAUAAACUUCUCAACAAAGUUUGGGUGGAUGGAGUCCGAACCGUUGACGCCUGCACAGUAGAAGCUGGAGAGACACACCAGGCAUGGGAAGUGACCGAAGAGGGAACGCGCAUCGUUGGACAGCACUGGGCGCCGUGCCGACAUGGUACUCGAUGGAGAGACGUGAAGCUUAAUUUCGACGUAAAAAUCGAGCAAGGGGGUGCCAGUUGGGGAGUGCACAUGG